AAAUAUACAAUACAGAAGCGAAAAGGAGACGUCGCCGUCUACAUGCAUUCUCGCAUACACAUAGUUUAGUUCGUAAAUGGUGCAAUACAAUAGAUGAUCUAACGGGGUUUUAUUUUGGUGGGAUUUCACUUCGUUGUCACAGUCGUCUUGCAAAGCAACAUUUAGAAUAAUUAAAUCAUUUCGCAACAAUUGUCGAAACAGCUAAAACAAUUCGAUAUUCAAAUAAAAAAACGAGAUGGACUACGGCUGUGAUGUAUCGAAUCGAUAUACUGGCUACUUGGAUAGCAGUGACCACGGUAAUCCGAUGAGCACCUCAAUUCGCAAGAAAAAGGGUAAAGCCAAGAAAAAGCGCAAAUCACCGAAUAAAAAUCCAUCGGAAAAUUUGCUGGAAAACAUCGAAACCACCAUUUCGAAUCCGCCCACGGAAAUUUUUGAAAAUCAACAAACAUUUUCCAAUGACAAUAAAUGCGAUACCAGUUAUGAACAGGAAAAUGUACUACAUGAAACCGAUUCAACUUGUCCAAAAAGUUCAACCAGUUGCGGUUCACCGAUUCAAUCGGACAUAUCGCGUGAAGAGGUAAAAUUGAACGAUGAAAUUGUGGUGCAGGUGCAGGAACCGACCAUUACACCAGAUGGUAUAAAUGUGAAUGAGACCAAAUGGAGUGAGAUUUGCUUUGAAGAAGAGAAAAAUCUGAUGACAUUGGAAUCACAUUCAAACACCGAUGCCGAUACGCAACGCACUCUCGAUGUAUCGGAAUGUAUACAAGAUGUAUUCAACGAACAUCGUAUUUAUCCAACGAUUUACUUCUACAAUUCAAACUUUGGUAAUCGUAAUCGUCGUUUUAUUGAAUGGAAUGAUUCUGGUCGACAUUCGAACAACGAAUCGGAAUUCAAUAAUCGUAACAUAAACUACUACAACAGCGACCAUGGAAACAAUGGCAACAACAAUAACAACAACGGUUUACGCGAUGAGGAACGAAAAAAGAAGCGAAAAAAUCGCAACGGAAGACACCGAAAGAAAAAUACAUCAACAGAUGGGGAUAGUCAUGAUGUCUCAGGUGAAACACGAUCAAAUGACGAACAACCGGCUAAGGACUCGCCAAACGAUUCUACUGAACAGGCACCAAUAGUUCAAGACGCCAACAGCACCCAAAAUACCAAUGAAUCGAAUCAGCGUGAAUUCAACAAUCGCUACAAUCGAUGGAAACAUGGCUUGCCUCCGCGAACAUUCAAUCGACGCCGAUCAGAUUUUGUGCGCAACGUUUGAAAUUUCUCUAAAAGCACCCAAAGCAGCUUACUACACCCCACACAUACACAAAAACCCACACAAAACGCCCUAAAUAUAUGAAUAUUAAAAUGCAAAAGCAUCGACCAAACAUUUGUUACCAGACUCAUCGAUAUGAUAUUUAAAAAAAAUCAUUUAGUCAUUACAAUUAACAUACAAUAAUAUUUUUUACGUUUAAGGAAAUAAAAUG